GCAUCAGAAGAAAGGAACUUCAUGUGCAAGAGUGGUUCAAGAUGAUGAUGUAAUGUCGAUAACACUGAAGGUCUCCCAAGAAUAACUGAUUUUGUAGGAGGCUUCUCCCUUCCCUCCCCCUUCCUUUGUUUUUUUCUUUCUUUUUUUUUUUUUAAUAACUUCCUCUCUCAGAAACUACGAGCAAGAUGCCAGCCAAGACACCCAUCUACUUGAAAGCUGCUAACAAUAAGAAAGGGAAGAAAUUCAAACUAAGGGAUAUCUUAUCUCCUGAUAUGAUCAGUCCACCACUUGGAGAUUUUCGUCACACCAUACACAUUGGAAAAGAGGGACAACAUGACGUUUUUGGAGACAUCUCCUUUUUGCAGGGCAACUAUGAGCUAUUGCCUGGAAAUGAAGGAGAAACCAGAGAUAGCCAAUCUGGUGGCCACAGUGAAUUCUUAAGGGCAAACAGCACUUCUGAAUCCAUGUUUACAGAAACUCCAUCACCAGUGCUCAAAAAUGCUAUUUCCCUUCCUGCCAUUGGGGGUUCUCAAGCCCUUACACUGCCCUUACUGUCACCAGUGACAUUUAAUUCAAAGCAAGAAUCCAUCAGGUCAUCGAGAAAUGCUAGGCUUAGCUGUGAGCCAGUAAUAGAAGAAAAAUUGCAGGAGAAAAGUAAGCAGAUGGAGGAUGGAGAAACAUACAAAGAUGACAUAUGGGAGCAAAAUGGUUCUUCUUCACAUUUUACUAAUGGUAGAGACAGUCACUCAUCCAGCUUUUCUGAACGAUGCACUGAUUGGCAAACAGUUGAUUUAUUUGAUGACAGUCGACUUUCACGUGAACUAACCGAGACAAAGACUAAGUCAGAAGAAUCCCUUUCAGAUCUUGCAGGCUCUCUUCUCUCAUUACAACUUGACUUGGGACCUUCACUUUUGGAUGAGGUCCUCAAUGUAAUGGACAAGAAUAAAUCUUAGAACUGGUACUCCCUUGUUUCUUUACAAGUGAUUCACUUAAACAAAAACAAACAAAAAAACCAUAGUCCGAAAGUAGAGACACUUAAAAAUCAGCUGUAUUUGCAGUUGUUUGACGGGUUUUCUAAAAAUAUUCUUAAAAUGCUAUUUUUUUACCUAUUGUUUUUCAUGAUUUUUAUUACACUAAAUUCUCAUAGCAGGAAGCUAAAUUUUAAUAAGUUUUCAGCAAAUAUAGAAAGUUUUUAAGUACCAGUAUUAAUGAUCAGAAACUUAAGAAGCAGUUUGAGGAUGAUACCGAUUGUGACAUUUGGUUAGUUCACUUCUAUGGGCUUCUGAAUACAUGAGAAUCUCAAAGUGUCAGAAAGGAGACUGAUAUUAAUUAUUCACUUUUAUAAAUUAUUAUGACAUCACUUUACAUGUAGGCCUCUUUCUAGAACCUUGUGUUUGGGGGUUUGAUAGUGUUUUUCUUCAUUUUCUAUAGUACCAUUUCUGUUAUAACUUCACUGUAACUACUUUCUUGGUCUUAUACUACCACUCUGUAUUCAGAUGUGAACAGUUUGAAGGCUUUUUCAGCUUGAACACCUGGUCCAGAGUCUCAGCUGCUUUAAAUGAAUAUGCACAAAUUUACACAAGUUGAGGCUUGGGCCUGACAUUGUAUAUGAAAUAAUAUGUUGUAAACAGGUGACACAUGCAAGAUGAUAUGGUUAAAUUAUUUUAAAAGUUGAAAUAUAUUUUUUGUGUGCAUAUUGGCUUUUUACUGCAGAGCCUAUACAUACAGUAUCUCAUCAAAAUAGUUGCUUGGCAUUAUUGGUGCUCUUCUGAAAAUUGUAUAUUUGUGUGUUUGAAAAGAAGUAUGUAUUGAUACUCCUUGCUUUUUUUCUUCAUUUAUUGCCACACAUGCUUAAACUUGCAACCAAUUAUUUUAAUUUUUGAAGAAGGCACUGGUUAUUCACAAUGCUUGUGAUAUGUGCUGCAACAGCCAAUGUUUUGGGAAAUGUGGAUCCUUUAAUACAGUACCUACAUGGAUUGCAUAGAUAUCGUGUGCAAUACAAUAAAAAAACCCUUUAAAUU